UAUCCUACCGAGGUUAGGGAAGGGUAGAUGGGCCUCUCGAAUAAAACCCACACUAGAAUCACACCGAGGGAAAAUCAGUAGACAAGUGAGAAGCAGAAUGGCGCCCACAUCUCAACCCUUCCUCCCAACAAUGUCCGACGAGAAGACGCUCCGCCCGACCUUCGUCCGUCCGGAGGACGAACGCCCCAAGGUCGCAUACAACCAAUUCAGCCACGAUAUCCCAAUCAUAUCCCUCGCUGGGAUCGAGUCGGACCGCCGCCCUACCGUCCGUGAGGCGGUCGCCGCGGCGUGCGAGGACUGGGGCAUCUUCCAGGUGGUCGAUCACGGUGUUGACGCCUCCCUGAUUGCCCAAAUGAUCCAGCUCUCCAAGGAGUUCUUCGCUCUCCCGCCUGAAGAUAAGCUCCGCUUCGACAUGUCGGGCGGCAAGCGGGGAGGAUUCAUAGUGAGCAGUCAUCUCCAGGGAGAGGCUGUUCAAGAUUGGAGAGAGAUCGUCACCUACUUCUCGUACCCGGUGAGGUCGAGAGACUACAGUAGGUGGCCUGAUAAGCCUGAGGGGUGGAAAGAGGUGGUGGAGAAGUACAGUGAGGAGCUCAUGGGUUUGGCUUGCAGGCUUUUGGGGGUCUUGUCAGAGAGCUUGGGGCUCGAAACUGAGGCUUUGGCGAAGGCUUGUGUGGAUAUGGAUCAGAAGGUGGUUGUAAACUUUUACCCCAAGUGCCCUCAGCCUGACAUGACGCUCGGUCUGAAGAGGCACACGGACCCCGGGACCAUAACGCUGUUGCUGCAGGACCAGGUGGGGGGGUUGCAGGCGACCAAGGAUGGUGGGGAGACUUGGAUCACCGUUGAACCUAUUGAUGGUGCCUUUGUGGUCAACCUUGGAGACCAUGGACAUUAUCUGAGCAAUGGGAGGUUCAAGAACGCCGACCACCAAGCUGUGGUGAACUCUGAUUGUAGCCGCCUCUCAAUCGCCACCUUCCAAAACCCGGCCCCUGACGCCAUUGUAUACCCACUCAAGUUAGCGGGGGGUGAGAAAUCGAUCCUCGACGAGCCCAUCACCUUCCCGGAGAUGUAUCGUCGCAAGAUGAGCCGUGACCUACAGCUCGCGAGGCUCAAGAAGAUUGCUCAGGAGCAGAAACUUCAUAAAGAGCUCAAGGAAGAGAUCACCCAGCCUCAAAAGCUGGAUGAGAUUCUGGCUUAAAGCAUGGUUGGACUUCCCCUUUCCUUUUCAUAUCUUACCAUGUUGUACGUGCUUGAUGCAUAUAUGCCCAACUGUAUCAAUGUCUCUCUCCCUAAUGUGUGCUCUCUCUUUUAGUGAUUAUGCGCAUUCCUUCUCUCUAAAAGAUUCAUAUGUGGCGGUUUAACUAAACCGUUAUAGUGCUUGAUGAAAUGAGGUGUACAAUGUGAUGGGCCAUGUGGCCCUUCGUAGACCAUAUGUAAUGGCGGUUGAUUGAGUCUAUAAAUAGUAAUGCUUUAUUGUGAUGUAAUGUGGGUAAUGAGAUAGAAGGGGUGAGUUAGGUGUAAGUGAAAGAUUGUGGUUGCUUUAUUGUACUACAGCCUUGUGUUUUAUUCUAAAGCAAUAGUGAAAGUGGCGAUUGAUCCAAUCUAAACUUU